UGAGGUCAAACUACACUUCACAUGAGAAGGGAUUUCUAACAACACAAGAUCGAGGGUAUUCUAAUCUAAUAUCGAGAACAGCAUCGGCAUACAUCAACAAAUACAUUAGCAAUGAGUUUGAAAGCCUUCACUCAAGUGCAAGUCUAUGAAAAACUUCCCAACCCUAAAGAAAAAGACAAAUUCAGCAUCCAUAGCCUGGAGUGUUAUGACAGAAAUAUAUACAUUGGAACCAAAGACUCAUUGGUCCAACACCUUAUCCUACCCAGUAGCAGUGACAUGAAGGACUCCAGUCAAAGUCCUCGGGAGGGGAGGAUGAAACUGCUAGGCUCAAGCAGCCCAGUCACCCAAUUAAGGGUGAUACCAGUUCUCAAUCACCUUCUGGUUCUGUGGGAUCGUUCCGUUAGCGCCCUCAACAUGUUCUCCCUAGAACCCCUUCCUUUCCUGAAGCGGAUCCAACACGUGUCUUUCUUUGAGGUGUGUGAAUCGGCACUGUCAACCUCAUCGCAGUCUGUGUGUGUGGAGCUGGUGACAGCCUCUAGCAGGCGCAGAGUGGUCCAGAUCCAUGUUGUGGGGGUGGAGAGAUGGGAUUGUGUUAAAGAGGUGUCUCUACCCCAGGACCCUGUGGCCUUAGCUGUGGAUGAUAACACUUUGUGUGUGGCCACCAGUGACAGGUAUUUCCUCCACGACCACAAGAGUGGAAGCACCGUUGAUCUCUUCCCUCACAACCUGAGCAGGCAGAAUAUCAUUGUGAGCACCGCAGGAAAAGGGGAAUUCCUUUUAAAUGGCCCCGGCUCCUUGGGCAUGUUUGUCAUGAAGAAUGGCAUAUGCCAGCGGCCUCCAGUGCAGUGGCCUGAGGAGCUGUUGGCAGCGGUGGUGUGUUACCCUUACAUCCUGGCCCUGCAGCCUCAGGCUCUCUAUGUCUACAGUAUGGUGGAUCAGCAUCUCAAACAGACUGUGCCUCUGCUUAGGGCCAGGGGCCUACUCUCAACAACAGAGGGUGUGUACAUUUUUAUGGAGAGAGAGAUCCUCGGUUUGUCCCAUGUACCAUUUGAGGAGCAGAUCCAAACCCUGGUAAGGUAUGAGAGAGUGGAGGAGGCAUUGGGACUGCUUGGUGGAAUUCAAGCUCAUCUUCCACAGGUUUCUUACAAGGAGCUGCAUAAGGUCAUCACUUGCAUGGAUGGAUUCAUUAAAUUCUACCAGGGGUCUUUUUCAGAGGCCAAAGAACUUUUUAUAAAAGGGGAGUUGGACCCUAGAGAAAUCAUCAGCUUGUAUCCAGAGAUGGAACCUCUCUGUGAGACCUUUCAUUCCCAGCUGGUCAAAGUGAACAAUGCAAAGGAGCUCUUGGCACUACGGCAAGAGGACAGGACCACAUUUCAACAGUAUCUAGACUUCCUGGGCGAUUUCCUAAGGGUGGUUCGAGGGACGAAGCAGGGAGUUGAGUGCAGUGAGGAUAUCGAUACUGCACAACUGAGAAUGUACACAGAGCAAGGUGACAGAGUAGAGCUGGAUGCACUUGUGUCCUCUCCCAAUUCCUGCUCAAUCGACAAAUGUGUGCCUCUCCUUGAGCUGCACAAGAGAUUUUUCACACUUGGAUUACUCUACCAGAGUCAUGGUCACCAUAUCAAAGCAAUCCAGACUUGGGUGAAAAUUACUGAUGGGAAAUAUGAAGAGAGCUCAUGUUCAAAUGUGUAUGAGCACAUUGUGAGAACUCUCAGUCGACUAAAACAGAGAGAUGUCGUUUGGACGUUUGCAGAUUGGGCUCUCCAAAGAAACCAGGAGGUUGGAAUACAGAUUUUCACAAAAAGAGAUCCAGAAGACCAAGACACAUUUGCACAGGAGGAUGUCCUCACUUUUUUAAAGAAGUACUCUCUAGCUUUGAUGUUGUUCCUGGAAUUUCUGGUCCAUGAUUUGAAAAGCAAGGAGGAGAAGCAUCAUACCCUUUUGGCCACCGCAUAUGUCACCCAUAUACUCGGAGCCUUACAGAAUGGAAAGGGUACGGAUUCAGAUGGAGGAAUGACCAGAGAUAAACUGCAACAGUUGCUGUGGCAGUCUUCCCUCUAUGACACCAUGACAGUACAUGAGGCCAUCCAGCCGACAGUCCUGCACACCGAGCAGGCCAUCCUGCUCGGGAGAGCUGGUGACCACUAUCAGGCCCUACAGACCUUGGUCCACAAAGAGAGAGACCUCCAGGUUGCAGGGGCCUACUGCAGGAGGGCUGCUGGGUGGCAGGAAAGGGAACUGGAACACACCCUUUUCCUCACCCUGCUCCGGAUCUACCUGGGCUCCAAUGAGCUAGCGAGUGCGGCCGUGGACCUGUUGAAUGCCAACGCUGCUGCUUUUGACCUGGAUACAGUCCUCCAGGUUCUGCCGGAUUCCUGGUCUGUUCAGCUGGUCUCCCAGUUCCUAUUGGGGUCCCUUCGAGGGACUUUCCAUCAAAGACGAAUGGCAGGGGUAGAGAGGGGCCUGGCCCAGGUAGAACUCCUUAGACACAAGUACACUUGGGCCCAAGCCUCAAAAAGAAUGCUGAAAUUGGAUAAGGGUCUGGUGUGCAAUACCUGCCAGAAGGAUCUCACAGAGCCAGAGUUUGUGUGUAGUCUUAGGGGUGAGCUGGUUCACACUAACUGUGGAAGCUACACAGAGUAGCUUCCAUAAAUCCAAUGCAAGUAAAAAUGUUUCUAGUCCCGUACCACUUCAAACAUUCAACCUCCAGCUGCGUACCCUCUCUAGCACCAGGGUCAACGCACUCUCAAAUGUUGUUUUUUGCCAUCAUUGUAAGUCUGCCACACAAACACUAUACGAUACAUUUAUUAUACAUAAGAAUGAGUGUGACUUUUUGUCACAACCCGGCUCGUGGGAAGUGACAAAGAGCUCUUGAAGGACCAGGGCACAAAUAAUAAUUGAAUAAUACUCAAUCAUUUUCUUUCUUUAUUUAGCGAUCUUACAUAUAAAACCUUAUUUGUUCAUCAAAAAUGGUGAAGGGUGUGCAUGAAAGGAUGCACAUAACUCUGCAACCUUGGGUUAUAUUGGAGAGAGUCUCAGUCUUAUAUCCUUUUCCACACACAGUCUGUGCCUGUAUUUCGUUUUCAUUCUAACGAGGGCCGAGAAUCCACUCUCACAUAGGUACGUGAUUGCAAAGGGCAUCAGUGUCUUAACAGCACGAUUUGCCAAGGCAGGAUACUCCGAGUGCAGCCCAAUCCAGAAAUCUGGCAGUGGCUUCUGAUUAAAUUCUAUUUUUUUGCAAUUAUGAUGAGGCUCUCUUGUUCAGAUAUCGGUAAGUGGACCAGAGGCAGGGCAUGAAAGGGAUAACGAAUCCAGUUGUUUGUGUCAUCCGUUUUUGGAAAGUACUUGUGUAAUUGCGCACCCAGCUCACUCAGGUGCUUCGCUAUAUCACAUUUGACAUCGUCCGUAAGCUUGAGUUAAUUUGCACACAAACAAUCAUACAAUGACGGAAAAAGCUGUGUGUUGUCCUAGCUAAUGCAGACAAAAAGAGCUCCAACUUCUUAAUCAUAGCCUUGUCAUCACGCAAGCGGUCAGACAAGUGAAAAUUAUAGUCAGCGAAGAAAACUUUAAGCUUGUCCCUCAAUUUAAAAAAACAUGUCAAUUAUUUGCCCCUUGAUAACCAUCGCACUUCUGUAUGUUGUAAAAACACUGCCCAUAUAAUUUCAUGAUGCAGAAAAUAGACAAGAGUUCAGCGGCCUUGCUUUAACAAAGUUAAUAAUUUUCACUGUAGUGUCCAAAACGUUUUUCAAGCUGUCAGGCAUUCCCUUGGCAGCAAGAGCCUCUCGGUAGAUGCUACAGUGUACCCAAGUGGCUUCUGGAGCAACUGCUUUCACACGAGUUACCACUCCACUAUGUCUCCCUGUCAUGGCUUUUGCACCAUCAGUACAGAUACCAACACAUCUUGACCACCAAAGUCCAUUUGAUGUUACAAAGCUUUAAAAAUACUUUUAAAAUAUUCUCUUAUGUUGUCCCAGCUUCCAAUGGUUUGCAGAAGAGGAUGUCUUCCUUAAUUGACCCCCUAUAAACAUAACGGACAUAUACCAGGAACUCUGCCGGGCCCGCCAUGUCUGUUGACUCAUCCGCUGUAAUGCAUAGAAUUCACUGGCUUGUAUGCGAAGCAAUAAUUGUUUAAAAACAUCUCCUGCCAUUUCACUGAUGCGUUGUGAAACAGUGUUGUUUGAUAAAGUAAUUGUCUGUAUAGUUUUUUUGGCCCUUUCCACCAGCAUUGUCCCAGCCAUAUCUGUGGCAGCAGGAAGAAUUAAGUCCUCCACAAUAAUAUGGGUCUUGCCUGUCCUAGCCACUCGGUAGCUCACCAUAUAAGAUGCUUCUAGCCCCUUCUUAUUAAUGGUAUCUGUUGCUUUUAUACAUGUCUUACUACUUGGAAGUCAUCUUUAUUCUUGCUCAAGAAACUCUUGUGGCUUAUUUUUCAAAUUGUCAUGUUUCGUUUCUAAAUGUCUGCGCAAGAGUGAAGGUUUUCCGCGAGAGAGUAACAGUUGAUGUGAUUGGAUGUUAAUUAUUUGAAUAGGAUACCUGUAUUUGACAUUGUGUUGUUAUUUCCUUGAACAGUAGAUGGUUUAAUUUUAUUUUGGGCCGUGAAACGAGGCUACUCAGAUGAGAAAAAUACUCACCCAAAUGUAUAUCCCGUUGGAAAAUAUAAAUGUACUGUUUGAAAAUGUGUUUGAAAAUGUUUUUUUAAAUAUAUAUAUAUAAAAUGUAAAAUAUGAAUCACAUUUUUAUUUGGCUUACCCCCAACGGCAUUGCGCGUACCUACCCCAGUUCGGGAAUACCUGCUCUACACUGAUUGAAGUGGAUUUAACAGGUGACGUCAAUAAGGGAUAAAUGCUUUCACCUGGAUUCACCUGGUCAGUCUAUGUCAAGGAAAGAGCAGGUGUUUUUAAUGUUUUAUAUACUCAGUGUGUAAUAUUGCAUACUAACAGUGUCUGUGGACUCAGUGUAGUACUCCAAUUUAAGGACCAUUCACCAGACACAUUCCCCAAUUAGAAUAAUGUAAAUAAAAUGUUUAAAUAAACAAAUUAUACAAUAA